AUGCCUGCUCAACGACCUUCGCAGCUUCCUCCCUGCCCCGGGCCCCCCCCCAACCGACCUCUGCCUGCUCUUCCCAAGCGAGCCUCUUUCUCCGGGAUCACGCAACCGCCACUACAUGACACCAACAGGCAGGCUCUUGGCUUCAGCUCUUCUCGUCCUCGGUUACACAAUGGCAAAGGACAAGGUUCGCCCGGCUCUUGCGACCUCCCGCGCCGCAUAUGCACAUGCGAACUACGACUGAACCCCUACAUGCACAUAAUCUAUCAUAACCACUCUGGGAUUUGGUAUGCAAUGCAAGCCGCCUGCACGCAAAAAUACUACCGCCUUUCGACUGGUUCAUCCGUCGAAUCAAACAACCUGAUUUCACCGGAUCUUCCUGGCCACAUUUGCCCAGGCAUUUCGCGACCCGGUCUAUUCACCAACAUCGUCCCUUAUGGCUGGACCGACCGGACUCUUCAACUUCACUUCUUUGCGUGCGCCAUUCACUAA